UUUCUGUUUAUGAAAGUUGUCAUCCCCAACAACCAAAUGACAACUUUUCUUAGAGUCUCUCCGUUCCUUCCAAUGAUCCAAAUGUUAACAAAGUCUACAAAUACAUACAAAAACAAACUAUGUACCACCAACUCAUGCCGUUGUUCCUUAUGCUUUUCAUCCCCAAACAAAACCCCCUCUAACUCUUCUCCUUCCCACAAAAGCAUAUACUCUCUCUCUCUCUCUCUCUUUCACAAGACAAGUCCAUUAUCAUUUAUUUGUGUUUUCAACAUGCAAAGAAAGUUCAGGCAAGCCUUCACAGCCAUAAAAGAACAUGGAUGUGUUAGCUAUGCAAAAAUCGCAACCAUCGGAGGCUUCUGCGAUCUUGAUCAUGUAGUUGUCAAAGCAACGUCUCCGAAUGACUUACCUCUCCCGGAUAGAUAUGUUCAUGAGCUCUUGAAGAUCUUCUUGGUCUCUCCAUCUUCGUUCCGAGCUUUCUCACUCACCUUCACUCGCCGGUUUAACAAGACUCAGUGCUGGAGAGUUGCUCUUAAGUGUCUGGUUCUUCUUCAUCGUUUGCUCCGAUCAUUACCUGAAAACAGCCCAUUUAGAGCUGAGUUACUGUGGACUCGUUCUAAUGGGUUGUUGGGUCUGUAUCCUUGUAAAUUCAAAGACUCAUCUUCCUCAGCUUCUGAAGAUUUUACUGGGUUUAUCAGAUCGUAUGCUCAGUUACUCGAUGAGGCUCUAGAUUGCUUAUCGAUCGAUAAUAAUAGAGCGGAUUAUUAUGAAGACGAAGAUGAAGAUGAAGAUGUUGAUGAUGAAGAAAAAGAAGUACCUCAGACCUUAGAAGGCAAAAUGAAAGAAGUGGGUAGACUGCUGGAGCUCCUGCCACAGCUCCAAAGCCUGAUAGACCGAGUCAUUGACUGCCGGCCAACCGGGGCAGCUUCCCGGAGCUUCCUCGUCCAAUCGGCAAUGAAACACAUAAUCCGAGACAGCUUUGUGUGUUACACAAGUUUCCGGCAAGACGUGAUGGUCGUGCUUGACGAUCUCAUCCAGAUGCCCUACCGGAGCGGUGUAGCCGCCUUUGGUAUCUACAAAAAAGCCUCGGUCCAAGCCAUCCAGCUCUCCGAAUUCUAUGAUUGGUGCAAGUCCAUGGGGCUCUGUGGAUCUUAUGAGUACCCUUUCAUUGAUCGAAUUCCUCAAAUUCAAGUCCAAGCCCUCGAAAAUUUUCUCAACGGAAUGUGGCAGUUGACAGAGUCUUCUUCGUCGACUGCUUCGCCAUUGACGUCUGCCUUGGAGGGGUCUCCGCUAUCGAGUUUUACAGAAGAUGAGAGUGAAAAACAAGAGGUUGUUGAGGAUGAAGAUAAGUUAUUAGCAAAGAAAGUGGAAGGAGGUGAAGAAAUGGAGCCAUUGAUUCAGUUUGAUCAUGAAGUUACCAAUAAUACUAAUAAUGAUACUAGUUGGGAUUGGGAGGCACUUCUUGAAGCUUCCAUUAGUCCUUCAACAGGUUUUGUUCCUAGAAACAACUUUUUCUUCAACCCUAAUGGUCAUGACUAUGUAUACGGACACAGACAUAGCUGUGACUAUGGAUACGAAUACGAACACAGACAUGGAUAUGGACAAGUGCAUGGGCAUGGGCAUAAUUUGGGAAAUGGACAGUGUGAACAAACAAAUGGAUGGCAGACGCAGGUAUACAAUCCAUAUGCUCUAAAUCCUUUCUAUCAACAACAUAACAUUUCUCACCACUAUGGAUCAUUUGCAACCAAUCCGACGUACCCGUGGGGGCUUUGAGCAUGGUUUUAAUUAAUGGGAUCCGUAUCAAUAUUGACAAUGCAAUCAUAUAUCAGGUAAUAACAACAAGUAUCGGUUGAUAUAUAGCUCAGUAUCAAAAUUUGAAAGUUUAAAAUCCCAAUACGUAUCAGACAAUGGAGGGGGUUCAAAGUUGGACUGAUAUGUUGUCUCAGACAACGGCUUAAUUUUUUCUGGUGGAACAAACAUUAAUUUAUGGUGUCCUACAUCAAUAAUUAUUCUUGUUGGGGUGUGUAUUUAGGGUUUAGCUUUGUUUAAUUAGUCAUUCGAUUUGUACUUUUGAUGAGAUGUUAUAUAACCCAAAGCUUUUACUUACUUUUUUUUUUUGGUUCUUUCUUUCUUUAUUCUUUGUUACUAAGUCAAGAGAUCUUUAUUCUAUCUAUAAAAUAGUGAAAUAGAGAUUAUUCACAUUGUCUACUUUGAAGGAAAGUGUUAUUAUUGAUACAGAAGUGUAUUGGUACUUAAAUUUGUUUGAUGCGUUAGUUUUCCUCAUCUUUUGUCCAUUAAUUCUGCUUAACACUAAAACCAAAUUCAAAAAUAAACUCCAAAUACACAUGAAUGAAUAGGAUUUUAUAUAGGCCUUGACUAUUUAAAUUUCUGAUUAUUUUAACUUGGCUAAAAAAAUUGUAUUUGGAAAAUUGAUUGACUUUUUUUGUAUGUGACCUUGAUGAUUAUAAAAUAAAAAGUGAAAUGAUUAUGAAUUGAAUGUGACAUUUUG